CCAGCAUCGCGGAGAGAGCGAGCUCGAGCGAGCGAGUGAGCAAGAAAAAGAGAGAGAGAGAGAGAAAGAGAGCGCGCGCGCGAGAGAGCUCUGUCUAACUGAGCAUCCUGCGGAAGUCGCGGAAAGAGCUCGUGCGCCGCGCUGCUUCUCUCCGCCGAAGCGAACGCACGCGCUCGGAUACUUGGAGCUUUAAAACGCGCAGAAUGACAACGAAUGCAGGAGCGAAGCAUCCGUCUGUCUCGACGCCUUGACGUCGCGAGUUUAUUCCUUUUUUUUCAGAACGCAACCUGGAUACUAUUUUAUUUAAGCUGAUUAAUCAAGCAGUUUAACAGUUUAAUCUUAUUAUCAUUAUUUUUAUGUUUUAAUUUUUUUUUUUUACUUUCUAAAGGCGGAGCGACCACUUUACCGAACUGUUACGGUGCGGAGAUGCUCGUGUAGUUUAUUCAUUUUUGCGGAUGGUGUCUGAUCUGAAGUCAAGCUGGUUGUGAAGGUGUUUGACCUAUUCCCCUCACCCCCAGACGGAGUAACCAUGGCUGCGGGCGUAGCGGCCUGGCUCCCCUUUGCCAGGGCAGCAGCCAUUGGCUGGAUGCCCGUGGCCAACUUGCCCAUGCCAGUGGCUCCACCUGACAUGAACAAACGCCAGGAUGAGCUCAUUAUCCUCAACGUCAGUGGCCGGCGUUUUCAAACGUGGCGCAACACCCUGGACCGUUAUCCUGAUACCCUGCUCGGUAGCUCAGAGAAAGAGUUCUUUUUCAAUGAAGAGACUCGUGAGUACUUCUUUGACCGUGACCCGGACGUAUUCCGCAGCAUCCUGAACUUUUAUCGUACUGGCAAGUUGCAUUACCCGCGCUAUGAGUGCAUAUCAGCUUACGAUGAAGAGCUGGCUUUCUUCGGGAUCAUCCCUGAGAUCAUCAGCGACUGUUGUUACGAAGAGUACAAGGACCGCAAACGUGAGAACGCUGAGCGCCUAAUGGAUGACCUUGAGGACAGCAAGGACAGCAAAUUGCCAAACAUGACUUUCCGUGAGACCAUGUGGCGUGCCUUUGAGAACCCACAUACCAGCACUAUGGCCCUGGUUUUCUACUAUGUCACUGGCUUCUUUAUUGCUGUGUCUGUCAUUACCAAUGUGGUGGAGACAGUACCGUGUGGCUCGAAACCCAACCAGCGGGACAUACCUUGUGGAGAGCUCUAUACAGUAGCCUUUUUCUGCAUGGACACAGCAUGCGUCAUGAUCUUCACCGUGGAAUAUUUAAUGCGGUUGUUUGCUGCACCAAGUCGCUACCGCUUCAUGCGCUCUGUCAUGAGCAUCAUUGAUGUUGUGGCUAUCUUACCCUACUACAUAGGCCUGGUUAUGACCAACAAUGAGGAUGUGAGUGGCGCCUUUGUUACGCUACGAGUCUUCCGCGUCUUCCGCAUCUUCAAGUUCUCGCGUCACUCCCAGGGCCUGCGCAUUUUGGGCUACACUCUGAAGAGCUGUGCCUCUGAGCUAGGCUUCCUCCUCUUCUCCCUUACCAUGGCCAUUAUCAUCUUUGCCACCGUCAUGUUUUACGCUGAGAAAGGCUCUGCUUCUAGCAAGUUCACCAGCAUCCCGGCCUCCUUCUGGUACACUAUUGUCACCAUGACCACUCUGGGGUAUGGUGAUAUGGUCCCUAAGACAAUAGCAGGGAAGAUAUUCGGUUCAAUCUGCUCUCUGAGUGGUGUGCUGGUGAUCGCACUGCCUGUCCCUGUUAUCGUCUCCAACUUUAGUCGAAUUUACCACCAGAACCAAAGAGCGGACAAGCGAAGGGCGCAGAAGGUGCAGAAAGCUCGAUUGGCCAGAAUGCGGAUCUCAAAGACGGGCGGCUCGAACGCCCUCCUGCACAGCAAGCGGAACGGCAUGCUCAACCAAGCCCUGGAGCUAACGCAACUACCUUACAAGAUGAAACUGUCACAUGAGCAGGGCUCCACGGGCGAAGGGCAACAUCUGAAUAAGACGGCAUCAAUAAUAGAAAGCCAACACCACCACCUGCUGCACUGCCUGGAGAAAACAACGAACCACGAGUUUGUGGACGAGCAGCUGUUUGAGCAGAGUUAUGUGGAUAGCGGCCUGCAGCGUUUCCCAUCACAGAGCUCUUCCCUCGCCAGCCAGGAGGGCAUCAUGGGGUCCUGCUGUUCCCGACGAGCCAAGAAAAGCACUCAGCCUGCUAAUGCAGCGCACUCCCUCCCUCACACACACCCUCACAUGCAUCCACAUGCUCACAACCUGCAGGAGCUUAGCGCCAUACAUAUCCAGUGUGGACAACAACAGCCUCUCAGCACUAGUCGUUCCAGUCUCAACAUGAUGCCAGAUGAAUCAGGAGGGCUGAACUGUAAGGGCAGCAGUCAGGUUACCACAGCAAUCAUCAGCAUCCCGACUCCUCCCACCAACACCUCCCCCAGCGGCCCAGAGGUUCCGCUUAAUCCCACCCCCAACUCCAGCGCCGGUGUGGUGAAGGUCUCAGCGCUGUGACGGACAUGUGGUAGAACCAAGCGAACGUCGGAACAGAGAGUGGGGAGGAGCACUCAGGACGUGAAAACUAUAGAGUAGCCUGCCCCCUUGUGGGAGAAGGACAACACUGACUCAGAUUCCUGAACAACAAAAACCAAGGGGUGAUGGAAACAAGUGUGUGCGUGUAUGUGUGUGUGUGUGUGUGAAAGCGAGAAAGAUGUAGAAAGAGAGAUAACAAUAGCAGAAGAGCCAUAACAACUUGAUCAAUCCAUCACAAGAUUGAUUAGAUGAGGAUGUCAAAAGUCACUCCGCAUCAAGCACUUUUUCUUUCUUUUCCUGUCUUAUUGUCUUGUAUUGUGUCUUAGAGAAGUGAUGUCUCAUCAACUUCACAGGCAACAGUUUUAGUAACUGCUUAUAAGCAACUUUUACCUUUCACAUCAUCUAAAAAUACAUUGAUGGACAUUGUACCAGUUCUGUUCAACCAUUAAAAAUGUGUAAAGCCACAGUAACAGCCACAUGUAGUUUGAUUUCACCAUUUUAAAAAGUGAAGAGAAUGAUAUUGCAAAUGUUACUUACUCAGUAGAUUUUAAUUCUGGCUAUUUAGUGGAAUAUAUGAUUGAGAUUUUGUUAAUAGUGAUAACCAUUCAGGGGUGGACAAAGCAUAAAUUCAUUAGCUGAACCACUGAGCAAAUCAAAGCUGCAAUGUACUUGGUCUAAUAGACGAGACUAAAAUGUGAAAACAAAUGUUAUUUAACCUGAAAGUGAAAAAGAGGUAAAAAUAAUUUUCCAGACUGCAAAAUAACCACGUUCUUUAAUUCCUGGGAGGGGUGACAUUUUGCAUAUAAUGUCAAUGCAGAUGAAUCAUCAUGUUUUUGCCCUUAACAAAAUGCAGAAUGUCUUUGUUAUAUUAUCUUUGCGUGUGCACGGACAAUUCUCUCUUUUUUUUUUUAAAUUCCGGUCAACUUGGGCACUGAUCCGAUAAGAUGUGCAUUUACAAAAACAAAGUAUUCAAGCAGAAUGUAACCUCUUUUGACAUGCACAAAGUCAUUCUGACCCCUGUGAUGGAAAUAUAACAGCAGAAGAAAAAGAAAAAGAAAUUUUAUGAACUACAGGUUUUGAGGUUAGGUUAGACUUCCCAUUUUUUUCCUGAUAAAUCCUGCAUUCUGUCUUCUAACUUGCUACCAAAAUUCAGUCUUAUCUAUGAUUGCUUAGAAGCUUAACUGCAUGUGAAAUGGUGACCCAAUCCAUGCCCCUUCCUCAGACAGAGACCCAGUGGAUUUGAGUAAUCAUAGAUGGGAUAGAGAGUUGUUCUCACAGGGUUUACCGAUCAGGAAUGGAAGAAAAGAUCUCCUUACCAUAAAGUUGUCACAUUGCCUAACGUUUCCCCCCUAAUGUUACCCCCACAUGAAAGAAUAUAUUUAUUUCAACGAGUAAUAAACCAUCAGAUCAAAUGUUUACAUGGCUACUAUUCAUCUAAUGAAUGGAUUAUCAAAUAUUUUCACCAAUCUUCUCAUUCUAACUACGAUUGGUCCAGAUGCAUUCCGACAGCUCUGACUGGGGUGUUUAAAUGAUGCAUUUUCAUUCUGAUUGGGCUAUUAUUGCGAUUAUUAGUGGGAUAUUAGUGCUCAUAAAGGUGCAUCUAGUGUGGUGGGCUCUUUUCUCAGAUCAUUGAGAACGGCUAAUGUCUUUAUAUUUACCAGGUCUUUCCAACAGAUUCAUCCUUUAUAAUAUGACGGCAACAAACCAAUUAAAAAUGUGUAUACAGUAAAACAGACAUCUCUGAUUGGCUAUUGUAAAUGUCAUUGAUAGUUUUUCUUUCUCUGCUCAAAACACACACUGAUGUCCAUUUUAUAAACAGCCCACUAAACCUGCUUGUCCAUGGGAAUACUGUUAAUGUAAAAUGAUCGUCCUGGAUAUGUAAUGUGAAUGUCCCUGGGCCUGGGCUUAUGGUUUGUCCACUCCUGCCAUUAAUUUCUAUUACAGGUUUUCUCAGAAUGAACAGUUACUAGAGAACAGAUAAUAAUAUCUUUUUGUCCAUCAUUGUUUUUUUUUUUGUUUUUUAUUGACCACCAUCCAUCAUUUAUGGCUUUGUGACUAUUUCAUGCACAAUGCAGUAUUUAACGAUGAAAAGCAGUCACAUGAAGAAACUCUGUUCUAACCAUAAUUAGAUACAGAAACUGCACACUGCAUGGCAAUUGCUGAAUUAAAGAAGUUUCCCAGAAUCUGCUUCACUCGGUGCUGCAGAUUAUCAUUUUAAAGUAAGAUUCAAGACAGAAGCAUAGAAGAAUGAAUCCGAUUUAAAUAUAAGCAUAAUGUAAUAUUUCAAGUCUUUUCCAUUUGUGUUGUUGUUGUUGAUGUUGUUGUUGUUGCUAUUAUCUAUAUAUUAGUCUAUAAUUACAAGGAUAUCAUGCAGCCUUUCAAAAAGAAAUCCAUAUUUAAACUCUCGAAAGACAGAAAAAAACGUAGGGAUAGCUUGACAAAGAAUAUGGGAUGAUUUUUAUUUUCUUUUAUUCUAUUUUUCUUUGUAUGAGUGAGAGAGUGUUUUAACUAAGGUUAAGAGAGAUAGAGUGUAUUUGAGACGUUAGGAUCUUUCCAUAGGUUUGUGUGUGCGUGUCCGUAAGCUCUCAGCGUGCCUGGAGCCUUUCACACAGUAUGUGCCUCUCUUGGGGAAAGGAUCUUUUUUCCUCUUCUAAUCCACGUCCCCUCUUUUCCUUUUUUGGGUCCAAGAUGUUGAGUGGACAAACAGUGUCAGUGUCCAAAUCAUCAGUAAUAACCACGUAAAGCGGAACCAAAAAAAAUUCUCUAUAUAUGAAAUAGGUAUUCAAAAUAUCUGUGAUUAUAAGCACAAGGCAUUUGCUGAGAAUUUGUGAGUAGGACAUGUACUAAGCCUUGGUUCAUUUGUGAAUAUUGUUAAUAGGAUAUUUUGUAAUAUUUGGCCAUUGUUUGGCAAAACGAGUGCAGCUGCCGCCCUUGUCCUCUUUCACUGUGGUCCAGUGCUGCCCUGUCCGCUCGUCUCUCUGAAAAACCAUGCUUUUGAUAGUUGGUUUGGUCCUAAGUGUUGUUUUCUUUCCUGCUCAGUGGGCAUUUUAUUGAAAAAGAAAAAAAAAGUAAACCUUGUUGUGUGUAUAUGUGUAUUCUACCUGCAUAGAAACUUUUGGUGUUGGCCACUCUUCUGUGUUGCUUUAUUUUGUCUUUUUCUUCUAGGAAAAAAAAAACAACAGACUGUCUUAAAUGAACUCAACGAGUCGAUAUUGCCAUAGUGUCAGCGAAGCUACAAUGAGUUUUGACUGACAUUUCCAUGGACGAAUCAGACGUCUUUGUCACACAUAUUACAUAGUCCCUGUUUCUUUAUGACGGCCAUUUGUAGAGAGAAUGGCUUUGCCAAUAAUAGUAUAGAUAAGUGUGUUUGUGCUUUAGGACAGGAACAAUGAACUUGUUUUAUGUUUUAUGUUUUAUACUCCUGAAUUCAAAUUUGCAUUUAAAAAUUGCAUUUUUUUUUUCUCUCCCUGGAUCUAUGUCUCUACUUUGAAUUUGUUUGGUUAUUUGAUAUGUAUUUGAGGUUCUGGCUGUAUAUGUUGUUGGAAAAACAUCAUUACUCAUUAUUUUACAUUUUAUUUCUUAGGCUGCAUUUACAUUGUUGGAUUUGAGACACAAUUCCUAUAUUUUG